UGAUUGCACUCACUGAGGAGUAUACUUGGAAAAUCUGGCUGAUUUAGCUGGCCAACGAUUUUGAGCAGUAUUAUCACCAUGCUAUGCUUCACCCUGCUCCUGGAGCAUUAUCGCUUUGCAUGGUCUUGAUAACCUGGAGUGUAGACUUUUCUGCUGUACUUCAUAUGAUUUGAUUUGACGUGAAUCGGUUUCAGAUGAACAGCAGAGAAAACGGGACUCAGCAUUCUCGGUGUCGUAUUUGCCUGCUAGCACAUCUUUUCUGGGCUCCACUGCUAUGCAUUGAUUUGUCUGACCAAUUGGAACGGUUUGGACUUUGGAGGAUGUAAAUAUACCACAGAAGGCGUGUCAUGUGACAAGCCUGCCCAAGCAUAGAGUAUGACGAGCUAGUGUGUUUGAACCUGCUGUUGGAAUGGGUAAACCCUGUCAGCAUUUUUUCAGCUGGACAAGGAGGAAAAGCUGCAUCAAGUUGAGAAAGAUCUCCAGAUUUGGUAGACAUCACGCGGUCUACGGGAAAGUGUGCCGAUCCUUCGAUUCCAGCGAGCUGACAGGACAUCCGAAGAUUCAGCGGGGGGACACCUCGGCAGCUGCCGCGCAGGUUCACACGGACGGACUCGCCUUUCUUUCCUUGCCCCGACGCGCGAUCGGCGUCGCCGAGAGCGAAUUCCCCGCACCAAAGACUACGCGUCGCCGUCAACCCGCCGCAGUUUCAGGGCACAGCCAAUCACUCCGCCUUUUCAGCCACCGGUCUGGUCGGUCGGCGACGGUUGGGACCGGAGGGAGGGAGGAGCGAUGGAGCCCCUGGAGGCGGCGAUAGCGAUCGUGUUCAACGCGCUGCUGCUGGUGUUCAUGGUGAAGCUCUUCUUCGCCAUGUUCCAGAUGAAGCUCGUCGUCAUCCUCUUCUACCUCGUCGUCGUCCUCUUCGCCCUCGCCUUCUCCGGCCGCGGCCCCGCCGGCUUCUAGGUCUAAUAAUGCUGCCAACAAUAACUUCUGGGAAUGGCUUUAUUGAGAUGGACUUGCAACGGUACGAAAGCAAACUUACACACCAGUAACUUCGUUCGAUGCAUUUUGUUUCAUUCUAGUAUGAAAACUCUAAUUUCUCCGGGAACCGUCAAUUUUGUUUCAUUCUAGUAUACAAACUUCUCUUUCGGUCUUGCAUACAUUUUUGGAUUCUUGUUGAGUAUAAGCAUUCUUAAAAUUUCUCGCGUUUGGAAUUUUAAUGUGCAUGUCUUGUUCCCGGGUUUGUUCUCAAAAGAAAAUACCAUCAUCUCAUCAUGUUUUGAUAAACGGUCAACUCAGAUGUAGAUAACAAUUGGAAAGUAAUGGUCAGUGGAGUCCAUGAACAAAAGGCCAAGCGAAAUGUAUAGAAUUACAAAAGGCAAGCACAGGCUGAGCCCCCGCGUCGCUCUGCACGGGCGACACGGGCGGCGAAACUAGCAACCGCCAGCAGCCCCUUCCCUGCCGUCCUUCCCUCGCCGCUGCCGGUCAUAGGCCGUGUGGCAGCGGCGGCGGCGGGGCUUCGUCUUUUUCAGCGCAUGGCCGCACCCGUCGCUGGUUCGUGCGGGAGCGAGCGUGGGGUUCGUCCCGCGAGCGGCGCCGACGGUCGGGAGGUCCUCUCCUCCGGCAGGGCGCGCGGUCGGGGAGGCCCCGCGCGGGUGGCUAGUGCGCGGCGGAGGUGCGGAUCGGCUCGGGCCAUCGCGUGGUGUGCGCGGUGAACAUGCUCGUGAUGGAUCUGGCGCUCGGUAGGGCGGCUCGGGCGCGCGACUGUGGCGAGGGGCCGGUGCGGCAUGGAUCUUGGCGGGACCGCUCGUCUUCUCUGGUGGGAUGGCAGCAGGGGCAGCGGCGCAGAGGGGCGCAGUUUUGCUAUGCUGGGCGCGCGGCUGCUCAAGGGGUCUAGCGUCGUGGUGUUGGCGUCGAGUGCGCGUGAGCUUGGUGGUUGACGGCGGAGGUGGCUUGGCGCAGCGGGAAGGUGGAGCUGGUGGAUGUCGACCAUGGGAAUUGUGUGUUGCGCAGUGCUUCAGAUCUGCUCGGAUUCGGAGGUGUGGUGGACCUCCAGGCAAAAGUCCAGCACUGACCUUGGGUCGGUGCUGGCAACAGCGGCGCCAUGGUCAUGGUGUCGUUCCCCUUCUUGAAGGUAUUGCCGUGGUGCUCCAUUGCACGACUCUCCGGGAGAAAUCCCUAUCUUUGGAUGGUCGAAGCGGGCGAUGACGGUGGCUACGUUGGUUCCUUCUUUGAGGCAUCACCUUGGAGAGUCAGCAUGUUGCAGUUUGUGCAGAUCUCUUCGUCGUCGAGGACAGUGGACAUCGGGGCGGCGGCUUCGGAUGGUUUCUGAUUGUACGCCGAGAUGACGAUCUCGGGAACAAUGUGAGUGGCAGCUCUAUGAGGUGGGGCUCUAUCUCGACAUUGGUUGGGUGGCAUCCUUGUCCCGCUUGGGCGGUAGGGGUGUCGGCUCGGUUGAUGCGCCUCGGAGGGGGCGGUCUGACUUUACGUCGGGGCGGCGACCCCGGAUGUGGUGCGACGUUCAUGGUUUGGGAGCGGUUGCCCUGAGCAGCGUGGGCUGUGGGCAGCUGGGUUGUGCAGUGUUGCUGCUCGAGGGGAGCGGUGGUAUGUCGGGGCGGUGGCCCCGGAAGGCGGUGCCGGUUGAUUUCGCUGGGCGCGACGGAGCGGUGGAUGUCGGGGCGGCGGCCCCGAGAGAAUCACUGUGGUGACCAGACUUCUGUGGCAACAACGAUGGGAGCGAUGCCGGUGACACGUCAAUGGUUGUGGUAGUCGGCUCUUCUCCGGCGUGUCCACGGUUUUGCCUCGGUUUGCUUGUUGUUAUGGAGUCGAAACUGCAGCGGCGGGGCCCUGUGGUGUACGAUGACUGGCUGCAGGUGGCCAGUUCGGCGAUCUUUCCUGGCGUCAGCCGUACCUGAUUUUAUUCUUCUGAGUUCUCCGUUAGAGUCGGAGCCGCGUUGUCUGGCCGAAUGUCGACUUGUCGUCGAUAAGGGUGGGCUUUGCCCUGUGUGUUUCAGUCUAUGGGAGUGGGCUUGGCCCUUGUUAUUCCGAUUUUUGCCCGGUUUUCUAUAAUUAGCUGAGCAAUUUUUUUCUGCUUAAUUAAUAGAUGAGGCAAUCUUUGCCUCUGUUUCAAGAAAAAAAAUGUAUAUAAUUGAUUCUUAUUAAAAUAAUAAUCAACGGAAUCGGAUGGUUAAGGUUUGUUCCAACAUGUUAAAAGUACAUCCACCCUACCAAUUGCUCUGAGAUUUAACAUUACAAUGUUACAAAUGCUAACAAGAACAACUCUAAUGCGUUGAAAUAGUAUCAAUCUAAGGAUGAGAAUGUGUCCUGUUGGUGUAAGUGAGAUUGCUCAUUCAUACUCAACAAUCCAAGGCACUAGACGUUCCAAAAACGAGUACUAUUUGAUUGGGUGAAUUAGAGAAUAGACAGAGGUCCGUUGGCAUUUGAGCCUCUUUUCUCCUUUCAUGGUCUAUCGGAAAGAGAAUCCAGUACAUCUUGGUCCUGAAUAUCAGAAUAGGACGAACAAACCGGCCUCCUGUGGAUAUCUUUGCUUCGGAACAAAACCUUGUAAUAAAAUAGAUUGUCCCAAAGGCCCUUAGGAUUAACUCGGUGUGACAUAUUAAGUCAAAACAAGUGUGUUUUGUCAUAUAAUGAAUUUAGAUUGCUUUAGAAUUGGUCAGAUUCAAAGAGAUGCCACUUAAUCAUUAACAAGUGCCAACAUGUUUUCUGUUUGGAUAUAUGCAUGUCAAAACUCAUAUUUGUGUGUUUCCCAGUUAGGUUAUCAGAUUCUUUUUUAGUAUUGAUGCUUUUAACAUUUCAGACAACGUGAUACGAAAUGCUCAGCCUAGAGCUUACUGAUUGUUGUGAUCCUAGAUUAUUAAUAUUGUGCUCUCAUUAUCUUGAUUUUUCUUCUUUGAAAAGGUGGUAUCAUCGACUGGGGUUUUGCGUCCCAUUAUUUAGAUUAAGGAAUAUUAGGCGAAGGUGGCAUAUGACAUUAUGCAAACACAAACCUGAGAGUACAAAUGACAAAUCAUCCACAAAUAGAAAAACUCUAAUAGAACUCCUUAAAAGGACUAAUGUUUGCCCCGCGAAGAAAAAAUAAUGUUCGUUUGCUAGAGAAUACGAAUUCUAUAUCGCCGUUGGUAAACAGAAGGUCUGUCUCGCCAAGGUGCUAGGCGGGCUUGGAGUCACGGAUGGAGGGCCCUUAUAAGCUAUAAAAAGGCAUCUUCUGGCAUGACAACUGGCAAGGUCGGGGUGCUUCCCGACCACUACACUCGACUCUUUGGCAUUGCAACCCGAAAAUAUAGGACAACGCAUUGUAUAGACUCACUCGGUGACAAGAUUAUAAACAUACCUAAGUAGACUCGGGAGUUCAUUGCCUUGGCCACCGUCAUCGACUUCGUUGCUCUUAACCCCAGUUGGCGGAACGCCAUCACCUGGAUUUGGAACUCUAGCGGACAAUACUCCUCUUGCUUUGCCUACUUGGCACAAUUCAUCGGUGUCACCAAAAAUUCUCAGCGGAGAAGAUUUGGAGAGCCCAUGUGGAAUGGAAAUGUAGACUCUUCUAUGGGCUUGUCCUCCAUGGUAAGAUUCUCACCAUGGACCGGUUGGUGCAACGGGGUUGACUACUUGACCCCAUCUGCCACCUUUGCCUUAGGGCCGUGAGACUGUGCUCCACCUAUGUCAGGAUUGCCUCUUCACGAUCACUGUCCACCACCAGGUGCUUGCUUGGGUGGAUAACGAUGUCCCUCCGGAGUCGCCCUUCACCUACCAACAAUAGAUGCCUGGUGGGAUGGCAUUUUGCAUCAUAUAGAUAGUAACCAUAAGCGGAGGCACAUGAGACAGCUUAUAUACAUCAUGUGGAAUGCCUGGAAAAAGAGGAACCGAAGAAUCUUCAAUGCCAUGAGUUCAAUAAAUAUACGUGCAUUGAGGUGGCGCACCUGACUUUUGAGUAUAAUAUCAUACUAGCUAUGAUGGUUCUUAUGCUUAAAUGGAUUCAGUUCUCAGCCUAAUGUGGCAAAGCUAACUUUACGUACUAUACUAAUUUUACUGUCCAAAGUAAAACGGAAGAUUAAAAUGGUUCUGACAGUAGCGAUAUAAAAGCAGAGGAAUUAAUCAAGAUGCGACCGUCACUCGCGUGCUGCAAUUCUCACGUGAAGACUGCAACACGAACAUCCUGAUUAUCUGGAAAACUUGAGCCAUAGUUGCUAAAAUCGCAAUAGUUGCAUUUCAAAAAUUAAGGAACACAAGCGUGGUACUCCUGCCAAUGCUGGCCACAAGUUAAGGCAGGGGAUGUGGUCAUGGUUCAUGUAUGUAUCAACGUGCAAUAUCUGUUUGACUGCACGUUUUGUAUUGUAUAGGACGUACUCCUACUUCUAUAGAUUUCCCAAGUCCCAACAUAUGUAUGUAGUGCUUCCUUGGGCCUGGUUUGUUCGUGCAACAGUUUCGAGUCUCGCGUUUAAAGCUCGACUGUCUCAACGUGGUCAAAACGUUUCUUCUUUCUUUUCAUUCCCUCAAGGAAGAGAGGAUUUCAUUGUUGAUUACUCAAGAUUUCUAGAACCUCGAGCACUCAAGUGGUCGACCUAACAUGGAAACAAAAUGAGCGCCAAAUAACACUACCUAAAAGAACAGAUCCGUAGAGAAACAAAAGCUACUACACAGCUCGUACACAUUCACGUUUGGAACAGGGGAAUCAACCUUAGAGGUUAUCGUCAUUCGGCAGCUGUAGUUUUCACGUUAUGACUUUAGACUGUAACAUGAAUAGCUCCGUAUUUUGAAGGAGUUAACCAGAAUUGGUAAAGUUGAAAGCUCCGUAUUUACAUUUUACAAAUUACACAAGCUUAAAGUUAGAGCUCACUCCUUCGCCUGCUCUGUUGGUCUCCAUGAUUCCUUCCGAUUGUCGUCACUCCUCUUCUCGCUCUUGUCAACUGCGGGAACCGAGGAGGAGUGCAAGCAGAGAAACAACCUACGGCGUCAAACUCCCACCGGUCAUCAUAUAUUACAUCCUUGUAUGUCAAAUUAUCGACAUGUCUCGAAGAUUACAUCAUAUCAUCUCACACUGCAUACCUUGCAAGUUUAACUAGGCAGGGUCGGAUCUGAGAAAACAUGGGCCUGGUGCGAAAUAAAAAAAUAGGCCCUCGAUAUCGUCAUGGGUAGUGUCAUUCACAUGAACCUCAUUAGUACUAGUAUUUGUACUUCCAUUUUUACAAGAAAUAUUUGAUUAUUUUGCUUAAACUUAUGAAGGCGCCUUUUAUGAAGAAAUAUUUGAACCUCAUUAGUCCUUGAAUCCUUCUUUUUUGUAUAUUUUUUAUAUCAGGAGUUCAUGACUGUGCUAGAAAAACAUUAAAGAAAAAGAACUAAGGAACCAAUAUCAUGCAGUAAAAACAUACCAUUAUGAGCCAAUAUCAUGUAGUAAAAUGACUAAGGAACCGAAAACCUACCAUUACCAAAGAUUUGCAUAGUAGCACUACACUCUGAGCUUCUUGCGUGCAAUCUUGCCCUCGUGAUGUUGGUCUUCUCGUAAAUGAAGUGAUGUCAUGGUUGUAGACGUACAUGAUGAGGGCGACAUAUUUCCCACUUGUUUUUAUUUAUGAGGUAUGUACAUAUGGACCCCCACGGUUAGACUAGUAUUUAAUGGCAUUAAAGCAAAUAAAAUAUGUGGCAUUUAAUAUAUUUUUGGAGGUAACAUGACAUUUUCUAUAAAAGGUGGGAUUUAUCGAUCACUAUACUACCAGUAAUUUA